UUGAGGGGGUUCUAUGUGGCAGGAUCCCUGACACUGCUGUUGCUCUCUGGCUGCCUGCUGUCUCGAGUCAUGGCUGCACAGCUGGUCGUAGCUCUGCUGGCUCUCGCCUCCCUGGGCGCCGCGUCUGAACCGACCGACUGCAAAGAGCUGGUCAAGCCCCUAGUACUGGACAGCCACAGCCCCAUCUAUGGGAAGUGGGUGUUUCAUGUCGGGGCGUGGGACCAGCCCGGCCUGAAGAAUGACUUGGUGUCAGUGAACAGCUCCUGGGUGGAACUGUCAGCUUCCUCGGACAGCGGAGUCAUGACCAUCUACUGGGCCGACCGCCUAAAUGAUGAUAAAUGUCUUCAGGGUGUGGCCAAAGCCACCAUCUCUGGAAUGACCAGCCACACCACUUUUAACAUCCAUGGUCACACUUCAUAUCACGAUGGAAAGUACUACGAGACCUGUGCCGACUGCCUCCUGUCAGAAGACACCACCCUCCUCCCUGACGGCAAGUCCAAGGGACGAUAUCUUUACCUCUUCACGCGGACCGGCACUCUGGAGCCAUCCGAAUUAGAGGUGUUCAAGAAGCAGGCGGAGUGUCUGAACUUCCUCCCGGAGUACCACUUUGUCGGCACGGAUCUGUGUCCGGACGACAGGGAAACUCCCUCAGCCGCAGUGGAGAACACAGAGAACGGUCGAAACGACACUCAGCCUGCUGCGGAGUGAAGCGGAGCCCGGAGGGGCCCGGAGGAGCCCGGAGGGGCCACAGGCCUCGUGUGAACAGCUUCCACACACUUAAACAAGUCCAGCUUACUGUACUUAAUAGUCUGCACUAAUAUAGUUUUGUGUUGUGAAAUGAAUGUAGUCUAGUUAAUCCUCGUAAAUGCCUCCUUUAAUGCCUCCACCUUUCCCCCCCCGCCCCCCCCCCCCACUGGUUGUGUGUGGUCAAAUAAAAACAGUUCUCAGCCUCACUGUGUUCCAGUCAUUUAUUUCUGCACCUAUUCAGAAACAUUAAAAAAAAAAGAGUAUGUGCUGCCUCAGGACCAACAUUUCUUAGUCCUUCUUCAAAUGCAACUGAAGUUGCCCGGAACUCUGCUGACCGUGUCAGCACUUCACUGUGCUUCACUUUGACCUCUACAGCUCUUUGGAAAGGCGCCGCCGUUCCCAGGAACCUCAGCAAAGGCUGUCGCUGGGUAACAACACUCCACUCCUUGUAGAGACAGGUUUUUUUUUUUUUUUUAAACUGUCUCCACAAGGAGUCCACUCAGCAGCCCCACGGGGAAACAACCCCCCUCCCGCCGAUGGAGAGCUGCUUCGGGUCCAAGACGAGUCAUGUGGCACGUUGCUCGAGUUCAUUCAGGGGCAAUGGGAUGGGCAACAGAGGGCUGUUGAGCUGGCCAUUCAGGGCUGGACAAAGGGAAUCUGCGCGGCUCUGCAUGUAGAAACCCCCUCCUCCCCCAUAUUAGCAUAUACAUGUAUAUGUAUAUAUAUAUAUAUAUAUAUAUACAUAUAUAU